AUGUUUUUUUGUUUUUAUUUUAAAAAAAUUAAUGCAAAAGUAUUCACUGGAAAAUCAUUAAGACGGGAUGCUUUAUUUCUAGAUUAUUACCAGCAUGAAAAUUCAUUCGUAAAAUCUUUUGAGCCAAAGCAUGAUUAUCUCUAUUCCAAAAUUGAUCUUGAUGAUUUAGUUAAAUUAUCAGCUAUAUUUCAUCUAGAUUUUUUUGAUAACUUAUACCAAAAUCCUAACAAAGCAGAGUUAAAAACAGAAGGAAAAAGAAUUAAAAAGGAUUAUUCUUACUUUCCUGGUAUUAAAACACAAUUUUCUUCUAGUGUUUUGCCAUUAGGAUAUCACUCAAAAUAUCGGCCAGUAGUUAGUAAACUAUGUGAUCGUCCAGAAUGCAUAGAUCUGUCAUGGAAUGAUGGUCAUGUGUUAAUUUGCAAACACAGAUAUCAUGAAACUUGUUUUUACAUUUUAGGAUUACGUUGUCCACAUUGCUUUGACUACCUUUUUGGCUCAAUUGAUGAAUUAUCAAAUUCAUACAAUCACAGGUUACAAUUGAGUGAAGAAAUUGAUAGUUGGACAGAUUCUCAGAUGCAAGAUGAUAAUGAUGAUAAGUUAGGUAAUGUUAAAACUAUAUCAAAACAAAUUGGAAUUGAUAUAGAAUUAAAGAAAAAGAUAUCUGAAUUUGUUGAAAAUUGCAUACUGGUCAAAAGAAUUGAAUUGUCACCAAUCUCUGGUUUAAUACUGAAGGAUAUUACAAAUGUAACCAAUUUUAAAUAG